AAAUGAAUAGCCUAGAAGUUGACAUGCUUCGUUGCUGGAAGUGUAGAAAAUACAUAGCAAAUUCUGAUUGCCUCAUAAAAUGUAAUGGAAAACAACUAUUUGAAAAAUCACAUUAUUCAGAUGCUUCUCAGUAUACUUGCACUGUAUGGCACAUGAACGUGGAAGCUCUUCCAGACUGGGUAAAAUGUGCAAUAGAAAAGGCAGAGUGGAUGAUUGGAAAACUGAACUGCCCAUUCUGUGGGGCCCGUUUGGGAGGCUUUAACUUUGUCAGCAAUACAAAAUGUUCUUGUGGCCUGUUUGCAAAUAUACAUCUCUGCAAGAGUCGGAUUGAUUAUCAGCCAGCUUGUUCAUUUAGAUUAGCAAGAUCAUCAGUAAAACACACGUCACUUUGCAAAGUUCCAUCUGGUUCUAAUAACAAAAUACAGCACAGUGUGACAGGUGGAAUUUUGGGACCCAGAAAUCAAGGGCUUUCAUACAAUGCCAAAACCACAAAUGGUACUGGAAGAUUAACAGAAGCACUUUGCCUAGAGGUGAGAUCAACCAGCUUUGAGAUGAACAAUAAAAAACUGCACUUCAAAGUGUUUAAUAAAAAAAAAAGUCCUUCAGCUUCAUGGUCUGUGAAUGAGAGAUGCACUGUAAAAACUUGUCAUAGAAAAACACACAGUUUGGAUUUGAAUAUCAGAGAGAGACAUGUCUUGUUGCCUAGUUUGUAUGGAGUUUCCAGUAAGGGGCCUAUUUACCACAGGCAAAAUGAAACACAACCCAUUUACCCAAGAGGUAGCUUGCAAUUAGAGUCCAGUAGAUAUAAUAAUUCCUUUCAGGGCCUGUAUAAUUCUGAUACUGAUGAGCUACCAAAAAAGUUUUCAGUUACUUCCUGCAAUACAUUAACCUGUAGAGAGACAGAAUGUGACUGCAGUUUUGAAGCUUCUGAUCAAUGUUCUGGGGAUACCACUGCUGACCAACUGCCUUUCAUGAUGGACCUCUCUUCAUCUGUGAGUGCUGUAGAAGAGGACAUUGGACAGCAGCACAUCACAUCUGUUGAUCUUCUGCAGCCUGCCAAUUUUUCCUUGGUUGCUGUCAAUCAAAAGCUAAGCAAAAGAGAGAGAAACAAGUUGAAGAAUUUGAGGAAAAAACAAAGAAAGCGAGAAAGGUGGCUUCAGAAGCAGACUCUGAAUGAUAACCUGAAUACAGAUGACGAGCAUGAACAAAGAGGAGAUAAAGAAAGCUACCUCUGUGCAGUGUGCUUGGAUGUUUAUUUCAAUCCGUAUAUGUGCUAUCCAUGCCACCACAUCUUUUGUGAACCUUGCUUGCGGAUGCUUGCCAAAGACAACCCAACCAACACUCCGUGUCCACUGUGCCGUACUAUAAUUGCCAGAGUCUUUUUCCAAACAGAACUGAACAACUCCACGAAAUCUUCCUUCCCAACAGAAUAUUUAAAAUUAAAAGAAAGCUUUCAAAAAUCAAGUUCUGCAAAAUGGCCCCUGCCCAGCUGCAGGAAACCAUUCAGAGUCUGUGAAGCAGGUUUCCAAAGGCAUACAGAUCCUGUAGCAAGAAGGCACUUCCCACAUGCUGCUCACAGGAUGGACUAUAUGGAUUUUGAGGAUGAUAGCCGUGGAUGGUGGUUUGACAUGGACAUGGUGAUAAUCUACAUUUAUUCUGUCAACUGGGUCAUAGGAUUCAUUGUUUUCUGUUUUCUUUGUUAUUUUUUCUUUCCUUUUUAG